AUGGAUCGUGAACAGUUUCGAAUUGCGGCCCACUCGGCGAUUGAUGACAUCGUCGGCUACUUUGACUCUGUUCCCGAGCGCCGGGUUGUGCCUGACUUGAGUCCCGGAUACCUACGUCCAUUGAUCCCCGAAAACCCACCUGAUGAGGCAGAGGAAUGGGCAAAGAUCCAAGAAGAUGUCGACACUAAGAUAAAGCCCGGGUUGACGCACUGGCAGUCACCAAACUUCAUGGCAUACUUCCCCGCUGGCGUCACUUACCCCAGUAUUCUGGGGGAGAUGUAUUCCGCGGCAUUUACCGCCCCGGCAUUCAAUUGGCUUUGCUCUCCAGCCUGUACGGAAUUGGAGACUAUUGUUAUGGACUGGGUUGCCAAGGCACUAGCUAUGCCAAAGUGCUUCCUGAGUACCUCUGAGAACCUAGGUGGAGGCGUGAUCCAGAAUAGUGCUAGUGAUUCAAUUGCUACUGUGAUCGUUGCGGCCCGAGAACGACGGGUGCGGGAACUGGUUCUUGCAGAAGGGUUCAAGGAAGGAACGGAAGAGUAUGAGGAGAGGAAGAUGGACCUGCAACCGAGGUUAGUGGCUAUUGCCAGUGAUCAGACGCAUAGUAGUGCAGCCAAGGGCGCAUUGAUCGCCGGCAUACGCUUCCGCAGCGUAAAGACUCGGUUAGAGGAUAAUAUGGAAAUGACAGGUUCAGGUUUGCGCGAGGUUCUCGAGAAGUGCGACAGGGCCGGCCUGACUCCGUUCCACUUGACUAUGACCUUUGGUACGACCAACACGUGCAGUGUAGAUCACUUCGCCGAAAUUAAGGCUGUGCUAAAGGAGAAACCUGCGUGGCAGCGCAUCUGGGUUCAUGUGGAUGCCGCUUAUGCAGGUGCAUCUCUUGUGGCUGAUGAGUGGCAGUACAUCACAAAGGACUUUGCCGAGGGAGUGAGUAGUUUCAACAUGAACAUGCACAAGUGGCUUCUAGUGAACUUCGACGCAAGUGUCCUAUUCGUGCGAAAUCGUCUUGAUUUGACCAGUGCCCUCGACAUCACCCCAACAUACCUGCGCAAUCCCUAUUCCGACAUGGGUACUGUAAUUGAUUACCGAAACUGGUCAAUCUCUCUCGGCCGUCGAUUUCGCGCUCUCAAAAUCUGGUUCGUUAUCCGCAGUUAUGGCCUUAAUGGCAUGAAAGCGUAUAUCCGUAAGACUAUCGGACUCGGAAAUGUUUUUACCGAAUUGAUUCAGGGUCGAUCCGAUAUUUUUGAAAUCGUGACCAAGCCCGCUUUCUGCCUGACCGUUUUCCGGAUUAAGAACCCGCAAGCUUCUCAUGGAGCCGACGGCGCUGUUGUCAUCAGAGAUGAAGGUGCUGAUCGUAUCACCAAGAAAGUAUAUGAAUUGAUCAAUUCUCGGGGUGAGAUCUUCAUUACUGGCACUGUCAUUGAUGGGGUCUUCGUUAUCCGUGUUGUCAGUGCCAACCCGAUGGCCGAAGAGAAGUUUGUGAGAAACGCCUUUGAUAUUAUUGUUCGAACGACGGAAGAAGUCUUGAAGGAGGAAUAA